GAGAGAAAGAGAAAGAGAAAGAGAAAGAGAGAGAACUCCUCGUUAAGCAAUAAGCGGUGCAGUGUCGUGGUCGUCCUCUCGUGUGCAUGCAUUCCUUGCAUCUGUUGCUUUUGCAUGCACUUUUUUGUUAACUGGUUUUUUUUUUUUUUCUUCUUCUCUAACUACACAAUCGCCGUUACUCACUUCUCUUAACUCAUCUUCUUCGAUUCCUCUCCUCUCUACAAUCACCUCUCUUCAAAUUUUUUGCCUUGUGCUCAAUCACUGAUUUCUCUUCAGAUUUGGGUCUACUGAUUCAAAUUAAGCUCAAUGGCGCCCAAGAUUUGCAUGAAUUCAUCCUGUAGAACUGCUUCAACCCCUGAAUGGAAGAAGGGCUGGCCUCUGCGAUCUGGUGGAUAUGCUGACCUUUGCUAUACUUGCGGGAUUUUCUAGGGAGGACUUGUGGAAUAUACUCAACUAAUUAUCUAACUGAAGUGGUGUUUCUGUUCUACUUAUUGAAAGAGGAAAGGAGGGGCUCACUUUGUGCUCAACCAGCAUUUGUGCCAACCCACCAUCUCAUCCUUAUGGGAAGAGUUGUUGGGGAGAUGGAUUUGUCCCUACAUCACUUCCUAGAUGUUUCAAAUCCACAUUUUAUCUUUUCAAUAAAAUAUCCAAUCUGAAUCUUGGAUGGAUAGUGUUAAUAAUUGGAUUUUUAUCUUAUUAUUAUUUUGUACAAGCCACUAAAUGUAUAUCAAUGCUGUGUAUUGAGGUUCAAACAAUGGAGAAGAUUUUCAUAAUGACUUAAGGUUGGAGAUGUCAGCAUAAAGAACGUAUUGCUUGAGUAAUUUUGUGAAUUCUUUUUAAUUUCUGUAAUGUAUGGCAUUCUAUAUUUGGCACUGACAGGAAAUGACAACAUUUUCCUAUAUUCCCCUGCUCACAAAUCUGCCUAUGAGAAAUCUGUUUUCUGUGAUACAUUCCAUCUAGAGGAAACUGGCUGGAGGGACUGCUAUAAAUGCACCAAGCGUCUCCACUGUGGUUGCAUAGCCUCCAAGUUUCUGCUUGAACUCUUGGAUUUUGGAGGGGUUGGGUGUACUAUGUGUGCUAAGAGCUCUCAACUUCCUUUGGCAAGAACUCCAAUGCAUGGUGAUGGAAUUCCUAAUGGAUUUGUUGCCUUGACGAUAAACAAUGCUGGAUCCAGUCCUGUCGAAAGUGGGGUAGUUGGUGAUAAUGUUGAUGAGAGAAAGCUUGCACAAUUGUGCAAAAUGAUGGAGGCUGAGGAAUGCCACCUUCCUCUACAGUCUCAGAGAGGUGAUGCAAAUACAUCUUUUAGGGAAGACAAAAGAGAGGAGGUGAUCCAUCCAAUUGGAGAAAUGGGUGGUGCCAGCUCUUCAAAUCCAUUGCAACCAUGUAUUGGAUCCUCUAAAUUUUCCACAACAGACAUUGCUCAGACUGUUCUAGACAUUAGAGAUAUGCAUGAUUCACUUCCUCAGGCUUCUUUGAGCAUGACUUUGGUAGCUCCUUCUAGGAAUUCAAACACUGCACUACUCUUUUCUAGUGGAGUAGCUGAUGAACGGGAGCAGGGCAAAACAUCACCUCCAUUUCAGCAGGGGCAACGAUCUCAGCCUAUAUGGCCAAAACCCUCAAAAAAUGGCCUGGCAAUGAGCCCAGAUACAAAUAAAAGCACGGUUUCCCAGAUGCGGAUUGCAAGGCCACCUGUUGAGGGACGAGGGAAAAGUCAUUUGCUUCCUCGGUACUGGCCAAGGAUCACUGACCAAGAACUACAACAACUUUCUGGAGAUUUGAACUCCACCAUUGUGCCACUAUUUGAGAAGGUUUUGAGUGCUAGUGAUGCUGGUCGAAUAGGUCGUUUGGUGCUUCCAAAAGCAUGUGCUGAAGCAUAUUUUCCUCCCAUUUCCCAAUCAGAAGGCAUUCCUCUAAGGAUUCAGGAUGUGAAGGGUAAAGAGUGGAUGUUUCAGUUCAGAUUUUGGCCCAAUAACAAUAGCAGGAUGUAUGUCUUGGAGGGUGUAACACCUUGCAUACAGUCUAUGCAAUUACAAGCAGGCGAUACUGUAAUGUUUAGUCGAAUAGAUCCUGGAGGCAAACUUGUUAUGGGGUUUCGAAAGGCAGCUAACCCUGACACACAGGAUGCCCAAUCAUCUUCCCUGCAUAAUGGUGUGUCUUCUGGAGAAACUUCACAUUCAAAUGCUAUUGAGAAUUUGCCCACAGUUAGUAGUUCCACUGGUCUCCUCCAAACACCAAAAGGAAGCAAUUAUCCUCACAUAAAUCCUCUGUCUGAACAUUUAAGUUUAACUGAUGGAAAUAUCAGUUGGAGUAGAAGUGAGAGCCAUGGAAGUAGGAUAAAUGAGAUUUCAGUGCCACAAACUGUAGCAAAUGUGGAGAAGAAGAGGGCUCGAAAUAUUGGAUCCAAAAGCAAGAGGUUGUUAAUGCACAGUGAAGAUGCUUUGGAGCUAAGACUCACAUGGGAAGAAGCACAGGAUUUGCUACGUCCUCCCCCAAGUGUCAAUCCAAGCAUUGUCACCAUUGAGGACCAUGAAUUUGAAGAAUAUGAUGAAGCGCCCGUUUUUGGAAAGAGGACUUUAUUCACCACCAGGCCAUCUGGGGUUCGGGAACAAUGGGCACGGUGUGAUGAUUGCUCCAAAUGGAGAAGGUUGCCCAUUGAUGUUCUACUUCCUCCAAAAUGGACAUGUGUGGAUAAUGUUUGGAACUCAAGCAGGUGUUCAUGUUCAGCUCCGGAGGAGAUUAGCCCAAAGGAAUUGGAGAAUCUUCUUAGAGUGGGUAGAGAUAUAAAGAAACGUAGAGCUUUAGAAAGUCAUAAGAUAGUCAAAGAACAUGAAGCUUCUGGCUUAGAUGCUCUGGCCAGUGCUGCGGUUAUGGGGGAGAAAAUAGGCGAUUCUGGAGAGUCAUCAAUGGGAGCCACGACAAAACAUCCCCGACACCGCCCUGGCUGCACUUGCAUUGUGUGCAUUCAGCCCCCAAGCGGGAAGGGAAAGCACAAGCCCACAUGCACAUGCAAUGUGUGCUUGACUGUAAAGCGGCGGUUCAAAACUCUGAUGCAACGCAAGAAGAAACGCCAAUCAGAACAUGAAACAGAAAUGUCUCAGAAGGAGAACAAGGAUGAUGGAGGGAUGAAUGGUGCAAGACAGAAUGGUUCAGAGAAUGAAGGAAGAAAUGAAGUUAAUGCGUUGGAGAAGAGCAGUGGACAGAUAGACUUGAACUGUCAUCCCAGUCGUGAGGACAUGCAAGUUGAAGAAGCAGAAGCAAGCAUUACAAUUACAACCCUUGUUGAAGCAGCCAGCAUGCAAUUAGAACAUUGUGAAAAGCAGGACAAGCCAGCCAACUUAUUGAAGGAGGCACAACAUAACAGUAACAGAGAGGAAGGUAGACGCUUAGCUGAUGAAGAGUUUCUUUCAUCUGUAGGCUGGGAAGGUGAUAAGAAAGACGAUUCCAAAUUGGACAGAAAUGGUGGUGUCCAAUGAGGAUUUUUUGUCUGUGGAAGUAAGAGUUUUGUUUUGGUUUUGUUUCUAUAGAGGGUGGUGUUGCGCAUAUAUAUAUCUUCAUCACAGAAUGUAAUUUUGUAGAGUUCAUUUUCAAUUGUGGAUCUUGUGUCGCCUAACCAUUAUUAAGUUAAAUUUGUGAUAAUGGCGGGCUAUAGCUAUUAAUAU